AUGGGUGCGGGCUGUCUCCUCGAGCUGACCAAAGCUCCUCCGGCCUGCCCCGCCCUCGGAGCGGCCAAAGGCACGUGUCAUGUCAAUAUCGGGGAUGUCAGUUUCCUCGUCCGCGGUCAGAGGCCCCGGGCUCGCACCUGCCGUCCUCCCGGCCCCGCCCAGCUUUGUCCCAUCCCGCAGCUCCUGAUCUGCUCCGCGUUCCUCGCGGGCCGCCGCCUGCCCAGCUCGGUCCCCUGCGGCUGCGGCGCCGGCCCGGAAGGUGGCGCCGCUGCUCGCCCUCGGCCGGCCUUAACCCUCUUCCUCCGCCCCUCCCCUCUCCUCGCUUCCUCGGGAGGGGCGGGCCGGGCCGGGGCGGGGCCGGGGGCGGGGCCUGCGGGCGCGCAGGCGCACAGGCUCGCGGCCGGGGGCACAGGCGGCGCGCGGGCCGGCCGGGUUCAGUGUGGGCUCGGAGCGGCCGUCGGCGGGAGUCGCGCGAGAGCCGGGGCCGGGAGCGCGCGGGGCGGCGGCGGGAGCCGGGGCCGGGGUCGGGGCCGGGGCCGGGCGGGGGCCAUGAUCCCCCCGGAGGAGGCGGCGGCCGGAGCGGCCGGGGCCGGGGCCGGGACCCCCCCGGAGCGAGGCCGGGGCCGGACGCGGGGCCUGCUGCGGGACAUCCGCACCCCGGUGCGCCGGGAGCCCUUCCAGGAGCGCUACGGCCUGAGCCCGGGCCGCGAGCUGGGCAGAGGCAAAUUUGCGGUGGUCAGGAAGUGUGUCAGGAAAGAUUCUGGGAAAGAAUUUGCUGCAAAAUUCAUGAGAAAAAGAAGGAAAGGCCAAGAGUGCCGGGUGGACAUAAUUCAUGAGAUCGCAGUCCUUGAACUAACCCGGGACAGUCAGCGGGUCAUCAACUUACAUGAAGUCUAUGAAACCUCAUCAGAAAUGAUCUUGGUGCUGGAAUAUGCUGCUGGAGGUGAGAUUUUUGACCAGUGUGUAGCUGAGAGAGAAGACGCCUUUAAAGAGAAGGAUGUGCAGAGACUCAUGAGGCAGAUUGUAGAAGGCGUUUCCUUUUUACACGCCCACAACGUGGUUCAUCUUGAUUUGAAGCCCCAGAAUAUCCUCCUGACAAGCGAAUGUCCCUUGGGUGAUAUCAAGAUUGUUGAUUUUGGCCUCUCGAGAAUGAUGGAGAGCAGUGAGGAGCUCAGAGAAAUUAUGGGAACACCAGAAUAUGUGGCCCCAGAAAUCCUUAGCUAUGACCCCAUCAGCACGGCGACCGACAUGUGGAGCAUCGGGGUCUUGGCCUACGUCAUGCUGACGGGGAUAUCUCCCUUCCUGGGAGACGAUAAACAAGAGACUUUCCUGAAUAUCUCCCAGAUGAACAUCAGUUACUCUGAGGAGGAGUUUGAGGCGGUGUCGGAGGAAGCCGUUGACUUCAUCAAAGCGCUCUUAGUUAAGAAGCCCGCGGAUCGGGCCACCGCCGAGGAAUGUCUGAGACAUCCCUGGCUGGCACAAGACAGCAGCCCAGAGCCUCCCUUCCGGGUCAAGAGUUUAAUGGAAGAGCCCAGCGACGCCCAGGAAAAAGAAGCUUCUGUGCCCGAACCACCGGCCGAGGCCGAGGCCGAGAAGCCAGAAACGGAGGAGUUGAUCGUGGUGGCUUCCUAUACGUUGGGGCCCUGCCGCCAGUCGGAGAAAGAGAAGAGGGAUCCCAAGGCCAUCUCCAAGCGGUUCAAAUUCGAGGAGCUGCCACUGCUUCAGGAAAUGCCUGGAGAAUUCAUCUACUGAGCAGGGUCCGAGGUUUAGGGCUUGGCUGUGCUGAGGCUCCUUUCAAAAACAUCUGUGUCACUUCUAGACCUGGGCCCAGACGUCCGGCGUCCCGAGGAGGGGUCUCUUAGGCCCAGAGGGCAGUCAAGUGAAGAUUGGGGUGGCUGUGCCAAAUUCGGUUUUUACUGGGCUGGCGAUUGGAUCACGCUCAGCGAGCAGAGGUGUCCGCUCACUAAUUUUAUCCGGAGGGGGCUGGUGUUUGCACUUUUGUUUUUAAUACACUUGGUCCUGCUCUCUUUCUCACAAA